CUCCCCUUCCCCUACCUGCUCACAGCUCCCUCCUCUCCCAGGCUGCUCCUUGGGGCUGGGUGCAGGCUACCUGCCCUGCCUGGAGAGCUCGGAAACACCCCCCGCCCGACGCACACAGCUAGAAAGGGGGCGGGGGGCUGAUGGUCAGUGGCAGGGGGCGGGGGAGCGAGCGGGCUGGGAUGCUCCAGAUGCGAUGCAGGGCGGAGGAGGCGGUGGGCAGACGGCACUGGGUGGAGGGGGGAGGCGGGUGUUACACCAUCGCUCCGGGAAAGGCUGAGCAGUUGCAAAUUCUCCUCCGCCGCGUGGGUAGCAGGGAGCGUCCCAUCCCCUGCAGCCGGGGAACCGGGCAGCAGCUGACGGAGAGAGGAUAAGGCGCCCCUGCCUGUCCUCCUUGCACCCUGCGCCGCCGCCGGGCGCCUGCAGCUUCUCGGCUCCAGUGCAACAGGGCGGACAGUGGCAGCCCACGGGGAUCCGCUCAGAGCCCAGCCGAGCCCCAGCGACCCUGCCCCUCUCGCAUCAGAACACGCAGAGUCCUGGGCUGCACAGAGUCAUGACCGCCGAAAAGACUAUUCCCAUAAUUAAUGGCAAGCCAGAAGAUGCUUUGGACCCUGAAGCCUCAAGUACCAACCUGGUCCACAGCAAUGAUAAGAAAGUGCACGAAAGAGGCCACUGGAACAAUAAGGUUGAAUUUGUGCUUUCUGUGGCAGGGGAGAUUAUUGGGUUGGGAAAUGUGUGGAGAUUCCCAUAUCUUUGCUACAAGAAUGGAGGAGGUGCUUUCCUCAUUCCAUAUGUGGUUUUCUUUAUUUGCUGUGGAAUACCAGUAUUUUUCCUGGAGACUGCCCUGGGACAGUUUACUAGUGAAGGAGGUAUUACAUGUUGGAGAAAAGUUUGCCCGCUGUUCGAAGGUAUUGGAUAUGCUACUCAAGUUAUUGAAGCACAUUUAAAUGUCUAUUACAUCAUCAUUUUAGCAUGGGCUAUCUUCUAUCUAUUUAACUGCUUUACCACAGAGCUCCCUUGGGCCACUUGUGGACAUGAAUGGAAUACAGAAAACUGUGUGGAAUUUCAGAAACUUAAUAUGAGCAACUGCAGUCAACUCUCUUUACAAAAUGCCACGUCUCCAGUCAUGGAAUUCUGGGAACGCAGGGUGUUAGCCAUAUCCGAUGGAAUUGAACAUAUUGGGAAUCUCCGCUGGGAAUUGGCAUUGUGUCUCCUCGCUGCUUGGACUAUCUGCUACUUUUGCAUUUGGAAAGGAACAAAGUCAACUGGAAAGGUGGUAUAUGUAACAGCUACAUUCCCAUAUGUCAUGCUAUUGAUUCUUCUGGUUCGAGGAGUAACAUUACCAGGGGCUUCUGAAGGAAUAAAAUUCUACUUGUAUCCUGACCUAUCCCGAUUGUCUGACCCACAGGUCUGGGUGGAUGCUGGCACGCAGAUAUUUUUUUCUUAUGCCAUCUGCUUGGGAUGCUUGACAGCCCUGGGGAGUUACAACAACUACAAUAACAACUGCUACAGGGACUGCAUUAUGCUCUGCUGCUUGAACAGUGGCACAAGCUUUGUUGCUGGUUUUGCCAUCUUUUCAGUCCUUGGUUUCAUGGCUUAUGAACAAGGGGUGCCCAUAGCAGAAGUUGCAGAAUCAGGACCGGGACUUGCAUUCAUUGCCUACCCAAAAGCUGUCACCAUGAUGCCUCUUUCUCCUCUAUGGGCAGCUUUGUUUUUCAUGAUGCUAAUAUUCCUUGGAUUAGAUAGUCAGUUUGUGUGUGUUGAAAGCCUUGUGACAGCUGUGGUGGAUAUGUACCCAAAGAUUUUCCGAAGAGGAUACAGAAGGGAACUGUUGAUUCUUGCUCUUUCGAUUGUGUCAUACUUCGUUGGCCUAAUAAUGUUAACAGAGGGUGGAAUGUACGUUUUCCAGCUGUUUGACUCCUAUGCAGCCAGUGGAAUGUGCCUUCUUUUUGUGGCUAUAUUUGAAUGCAUCUGCAUAGGCUGGGUUUAUGGCAGCAAUCGCUUUUAUGAUAACAUUGAAGAUAUGAUUGGGUACAGACCAUUGUCAUUAAUUAAAUGGUGUUGGAUGGUCCUAACUCCUGGUAUUUGUGCUGGAAUCUUCAUCUUUUUCUUGGUGAAAUAUAAGCCUUUGAAAUACAACAACGUGUAUACGUACCCAGACUGGGGUUAUGGGAUAGGCUGGAUGAUGGCCCUCUCAUCCAUGGUUUGUAUUCCUUUGUGGAUCUGCAUUAAGUUGUGGAAGACAGAGGGAACCACUCUAGAGAAAUUCAGGAAGCUGGUCGUACCUUGCCCAGAUCUGAAGAUGAGAGGGAAGCUUGGAGCAGGGGCAUACGCUGCUACAGUAAACGAUUGUGAUGCCAAACUGAAAGGCGAUGGCAACAUUUCAGCCAUCACAGAAAAGGAGACACAUUUCUGAAAGAACUCUCUUUUUGUGUGUGUUAUUUUUUGUAUAAAUAAAUAAAUAAAUAAAUAAAUAAAUAAAUAAAUACAUGCUUCACUUAAUUAUAGAGGCUGCUUGUUUUGCACAAAAUGUAUUAACCAGUUAAUUUUAAAAUGACCAUUGUACACUUGUUUUAAAUGAUUUUUAAUUAUUAUUAUUAUUAUAAGUAAUGAUUAUAUAAAAGAAAAAACUAGCAUAGUACUGUAUGUUAGUGAUGACUUGUAAUUUGGUGAUUUCAGUAAAUGUUUUAUAGACGUUAGAAGGACCUGUAUAAUGUGCUGUAAAACUUUUCUACUUGGAUUUUUUGGAAAGCAUGGUAUUGUAUAAAUAUAUCUGUUCUAAUCUGUAAGCAUUUCAGACCAUUUCAGCUACUAAUGUAUGUCUAUAAAGGGGGUCACAAUGUCCUUUUGUUUAUACUGGAGGGAGUUUUGGGGGACUAGUAACUCAGCUGCAUCAUCUUUCUAUCUGAAUGUGGGAUUGACCCAAAGCCCACUGAAGUCAAUGGGAGUCUUUCCCAUUAUCUUCAAGGGGACUUGGAUCAUGCAGUUUGUGAAUGAAACUCUGCAACUGAACCCUGCAGUCCUGUUGUCCAAGUCAGGACUGCAGGCUCUGGCCUUGUACUUAGCAAAGCAUUACUUGCAUGAUGAGUACACUUUCUGGAGCCGAAAGGAAAUAUCACCUCAUCGGUGUCUUCCCCCUUGCCUGAACUUCUCACCACAGCCAGGUAUAGAAAUGUGGUGGAAUGAGUCCUCCUUUGAAUGACUAUUUUCCUGGAGACAUCUAAAGGCUAUUUUUUAAAGAGCUCUGAAUUGUGUUGUUGUGAAGUGAGAGGUGUCUGAUCUCACCUAUGCUGCUUCCUGGAACAUCUGAAGCUAUUCCAUGUUGUCUCUGGCUAGCUAAAAUUCCCUACAUUUUGUUGUACUUCUCCCAUUCCCUGAAAUGUGUUUGUCUUUGCUUGCAAAACAGAAAGGGAGUCCCUAGGACAGUUUCCUUAGCUGGACAGGAUCUGAGGAGAAAUGAAACUCAUUUCAUAGAGAUUUCCCCCUUCAAAUGAAAUCCAGAAAGAAAUUAUGACAAUAUAGAGCACUUAUAUGGCUCUUUUAAUCUUCAAAGCACUUUUGAAACAGUACUGAAUACAACUGGAGCAGUUGGCUCCUUACCUGCACAACAGCCCUGUGAGGUAAGUUAUAUAGGACAUAUUUUCUGAGAUGAAGAAAUUGAGACAGGGGAUGUGACUUGCCCAAAACUACAAAGGGAGUAGGAACUGCAUUUUGAAAUGAUGAUUGGGCCACUGGGGUUUCCAAUUAACAGUCCCGAGAUCAAACCACUAGACAAUCUUGUGCUCUCUCCCUCUGUCAAUAUUACAAACACCACUACUAUACAAUUUCUUUUCCCUCUCCCCUCAGCCUGACAGGAUACAUCUGACUCAGUGGCUGGGUGGGAAAUUGGUGAGUUUACUGUCUCACAUAGGCGUGACUCACCUAAUGUGCAAGCAACAGCAUAACAGAAUAUUAGAACAAUGUCACAGCACCUCCUGCUCAGAAGGGUUGAAAUUCACCCAUGCUCGGAAGCCCAGCACAGGGAACUAUUAGGGAAAGCUUAACUGGGACAAGUGGUACAGAGGCUUCAUGUGAGCUCACUGCACAAGGGUGGAUUCACUCAUAGUUUCUAGUACAUCUUAACAUUACAUAGAGAUGUAUAAUAUAGAUUUGACAUUUAUUGUGAUUUUAAGAUAAUUUGUAUAGCUCCUGUAAGAUAUUCAAUAGAAUCAUAUAUCCUCAAAUCAGAUUAUGUAAUCUAUAUACUUUAAUGGCCUUUUAUUCAGGGGCAGGGGGACUGGGAAUUGAAGAGAAAACUGUUCUUGUAUCGGCCUAAAACUGUAGUCCAAAAUUUUUUGUGGGACUGGUGACUUUGGAUGCCUUAAUUUUUGGGUGCUCAAUAGAGACAUCUAGGGGCCUAACUUUCAGAGAGUGCUGAGCAUGUAUCUUGUGAAAAUCAGGUUCCUUUAAGGAGCUCCAGCUGGGCAAACAAAAAUUGAGGUGGCCAAAAUCACUAGUUACUUUUGAAACCCUUGGCUGUGAUAUUUACUGAAGAGAAAUGUCAUCAAAAUUAAAAUUGAAGCUAGAGCUAGUUGUAGAAAAUAUUGAGAUGCGUGUCCAUCCUACUGCUUGAUGUUGGAAAUAUGUACACCCCAGAGUUCAGAAAUUAGUGCCUCUUUGCAGUACUCGCAGGUCAUGAGAAACACAGUCUGUCCAGCAUCCUUCUCUGAUCCUCAUUCUUGUUUCCCCACUGAAGAGGCCAGACAACUAGCUCAUCAAAAACACCUUUCAAUCUGUGGGCCACCUUGCCUAGGAAGGCAUUCUGUAUCUAGUGUCUCCAAAUGAUCCUGUCUAGUCUUUACUCAUUUCCUAAUGAGUGGUGAAGGGUGUAGAAACCCAAGUCCACUGCUUUGCUAGGGCCUGACUCUGCAAACCCUUAAUUGUGUAAAGAGUCCUUACUCUCAUGAGACCCAAUAACUUCAAUGGAACUACUCAUGGAAGUCAAGAUUACUUAUGUGAGUUUGCAAGAGUAACUGUUGAAAUGUGCCAGUUUGUAAAAUAGCCACUACACCAACUGUCCAUCCCAUAGAAACGAGAUGAUAAUUCCAGGUAAUUUAGGGUAGCCAUUUAAAUCAAAGCACAUUUCACGGCUGUUGACUAAGUGAGCCAUGCAUUUUAGCUUGUUAAUCCACUUUGGACUGUCAUACUCAUCCAAAUAUCUCUACAGGUACUGUGGAACCUUCCUACUCUGCUGCUAUGAACCAUUUCACCAAUAGCUUUAUACACAUACAUAUGGUUCGGCAUGGUCUAAAGCAUUAUACAGUGUUACUAAUGUGAUGUGCUUGUAAAUGUGUGCUUGUAAUACCUGACCCAUUUAACAAUUUACUGAUUUGUUUUUUAAGAUGUGUGGGGUGGGGUUUUUUUGUUUCGUUUGUUUUUUUGGAGGGGUGAGGGGCAAAUUUCCUACUAGUAUUUGUGAACUUUUUUUUUAAACAAAAUAUGAAGGAAAAAAAGGAAUUAUGUCAUAGGGAUGACUUUUUUUUUAAUAUGCAAUAGAAACAAUAUUGCCCUUUUCUGAGUAUUUGCUGUAUUAUGGAGGAAAAAACAAAACAAAACCCAGAAACCGAACAACCACCAAGGUUUAUGUAUUGUUUUACGCACACAAAAAAAUCUAUUUGGUAUUCGAAUGGCACAAAGUUUUGUCUCCUUAUUCAUUUUUUAAAAUUAAAGGAAACGGGCAAAACUGUA